AUGAACGCGUCUCUGGCUUUGGUUAAGAAUAUCGGCGACGUGUCUACAGCGCUUCCGGACAAGUUCUACUACACUGCUCACAAUUUCAGAGGUGAUCCCGACUUCCGUCCGACCGUACCCAGCAUCAUGGGACUGGCGUGCACUACCGAUUGUCAGGUAACUGCGGAUCAGGAGUGCGUGGUAGUAUCCGGCAACGGCACAUAUCGGCUACAGAGCUGCACGGAUCCGAACACACGCUACGUCUGUAUGACUCCACCCUACUGCCCCGAUGGCUAUAGCGAAUACAAGGGACAGUGUUACAAGGCGAUCCCUUCAGAGGUUUCAGUGUGGUACAACCUAGAAGAUUGUGCGGCGGAAGGAGCUGAUCUGGCAUAUCCUGAAACCAUGGAUACUGUUCAGUUUCUCGUGGAUCUCGUGAGGGCGAUGGAAGGAGACAUAAAUGGGCCGUUGCGAGUCAACCUGGGGACAAACAACAUACUCGGUUGGGAUCUGAACGGAACCUACGAGCUGUCUGCCGAGCUGCUCUCCGCCCUGGGCACCUCCGACUGGCACGCGCACCUGACCCUGCUCCCGGGCGUCGACGCCAACUUCACCCUUGAGACGGAUCUCUAUACAGACGUCGGAAACUACACCAUUUGCAAGCUCUAUGGCAUAAACCACUGCUGGUCAGAUCCUUGGCCGGCGCGGGACAAUACAACUCUAGUAUUCAAUCACACCUACAACUUGAAGGAUAGCGCUCAUUACGACUGCCACCCCGGGUUCCACGUCUGGUGGUCAACUACCCACAGAAGUUACCGGAGAGACUGCCGCGGACAGAUCGGAGGCUGGGGAGGAGGCGCUCCAAAAUGUGAUCCUGAUGCGUGCGUGAAAAACCUGCCAACCGCACCCUCGUUGGUAACCAUGACAACCAACGGGGAUUACCAGAAAGAGAAUGGAACUAUAACCUACACCUGCCCACCUACCAUGUCUACGCUGGGUCGCCAGACGGAACAGAUUGUCACCUGUACCAGAACGAGUAGAAAUUACGUGUUUUCCCCUGAUUUUGUAAAUGAGUGUGUAGUCUGCAAUACAGAGCCUAUAGUUGCCAAUGCCAGUACAACCUGGGACAACACAACGACCUGGGAGAUAGGAGACAAUAUGACAGCCACUUGUAUGGAGAGAUACCAUCUGUAUGCCGAUGUUGUCAGCCAGAAUAUCACAUGCACGGCGACAGGAUGGGAGGAAGCGACAGACUGUGUUCUCAUACCAUACUGCUUCGAUGAUCCUCCCCCCGCCCCCUCCCCCCUCAUGACCAACGUGACGAGCGUGGACUUCCGGAACGCGACCGGAACUGUCACCUACACCUGCCCUGACCUGAUGGGCACGAGGGACGGCAGGUCAACCCAGGUCGUCACAUGCUCCGAGACUCCCACUGAAUACGUCUUUCUGCCGGCUUCCGUUGAGGACUGUGAUGUCUGUCUAGGAACACCCACGGUCGAGAACGCUACCGUAGACUGGGAUCCGUCACUCAAUUACACAGUGCAGGCCUUCGUCACUGCAACCUGCAAACUGAGCCAUCUGUUCGAGGAGGGCGUUACAAGCCAGGUUGUGACUUGCAACAACACCGGCUGGGAGAAUGUCACCGGGUGUUAUCCAGCCUGCACCCUGGACCCUCCAUUAGCUGGGAAAAACAUGGAGCAAUUAGCGUAUAAUUAUAGUGGCGUUGGGGGUGUUGUGCACUAUAACUGCUCUCCUGGUUUUCUCUUGAAGCAUGAUGGGGAGGAUAUAUUAAACGCCACCUCCGCUGUUUGUGGAAAUGACCUAACCUGGCAACUCGCACAUUCAUCAUUGAUCUGUGACACUCCCAUUUGGACCUCUCCGACGCCGCCCAACGGAACCGCCUGCGACCUGCUUCCCACGCCCAUCUGGCCCGCCACGACGGCCAACUGCUCGUGUGAGGAAGGCCUUUUGGGCGUAACGGGCGUCGACUACACAACCGCAUCGGCGACGGUGGAAGGGUGGCUGUUCGAGGAGCCGGAGUUUUAUUGUGUUAAUGGUACGACCGUCCCUCCCCCAGUGGCACCCUCCAGGGUCGUGGCCACUGCAGCGGAGCCUCCCUACCCCAUUGGCACCACGAUCACUUACACGUGCGAAGAAGGCAGUGUCUCCAGCACGGGCCAGAGUCAGUACAACGUUACUCUCACCGCCAAUGGCUGGCCGGACCUGGACCCCAUCUUCUAUUGCAUUUCUAAUUAUAGACUUCUAUGGGGCGGGCUUACUCAGAGCUUGGUAGACAGGGCAAAGAUCACCUACUAA